GUUUCAAUCUUUCUUCUCAAUUUCUCUCUGGGUAUUCUCGCUCUCUGUCUCCUCUUCUUCUUGUUCUUCUUCUUCUUCAUCAAUGGCUCCAACCCCUUCUCCCAAAACAAACCAUUACUCCACCCAGUUGAAAACGCCUCACUCGAAGCACCGCCUCAACUUCAAUGCCCCCAAAACCCCAUUACAACAACAACAGCCACACCCUUCUCCGAAUCCCAACAAUCUCAACAACAAGGAACUCCCACCGGAGCACCCUGUUGAAGUAAUUGCAAGAAUCCGUGACUACCCUGAUAGAAAGGACAAGCCUUUACCCGUUAUUCAAACCAGUUCAAGCUCCAAGAGUAUCCGCGUUAAAGCUGAUUUCGGGUACCGAGACUUCACCCUUGAUGGAGUUUCUGUGUCUGAGGAAGAAGACCUUGAUGAAUUCUACAAGAAGUUUGUGGAAUCAAGAAUCAGUGCGGUGAAGCUUGGGGAGAAGUGCACAAUUAUGAUGUAUGGGCCGACCGGUUCCGGAAAGAGUCACACUAUGUUUGGGUGCUCAAAGGAGCCAGGGAUUGUGUAUAGAUCUUUGAGGGACAUUCUUGGAGAUGAGGGUGGGGAUGGAGACGGUGGUGGUCUUGGGUUUGGGAAUUUUGUUCAGGUUACUGUUUUGGAGAUCUACAAUGAAGAGAUUUAUGAUCUUUUAUCCACCAAUGGUGGCGGCGGAGCAGGGUUUGGAUUGGGAUGGCCUAAGGGAAGUGGUUCCAAGGCAAAACUUGAAGUGAUGGGGAAAAAGGCAAAGAAUGCAACAUAUAUAUCUGGAAACGAAGCAGGGAAGAUCUCAAAAGAAAUUCAGAAAGUGGAGAAGCGAAGGAUUGUUAAAAGCACACUCUGCAAUGACAGGAGUUCUAGAAGUCACUGCAUGGUAAUCCUUGAUGUCCCAACUGUCGGAGGACGGCUAAUGCUUGUAGAUAUGGCCGGAUCAGAAAAUAUUGAGCAAGCCGGCCAAACUGGCUUUGAGGCCAAAAUGCAGACUGCAAAAAUCAAUCAAGGAAAUAUAGCCCUAAAGAGAGUGGUUGAGUCCAUUGCAAAUGGCGAUUCUCACGUGCCCUUUAGGGACAGCAAACUUACCAUGCUUCUGCAGGAUUCGUUUGAAGAUGACAAGUCGAAAAUCUUAAUGAUACUCUGUGCCAGUCCCGAUCCUAAGGAAAUACAUAAGACAAUCUCCACACUUGAAUAUGGUGCAAAAGCAAAGUGCAUAGUCCGCGGCCCUCAUACCCCGGGCAAGGAGGAGGAAUCCUCUUCCGCUGUCAUUUUGGGCUCAAGAAUUGCUGCAAUGGAUGAAUUUAUCUUGAAGCUGCAAAUGGAAAACAAGCUCAGAGAGAAAGAGCGAAAUGAAGCACACAAAAAGCUUCUAAAGAAAGAAGAAGAGAUUGCUGCAUUAAGAGCUAGACUGGAGAUCACAGAAGCUAAAGGAACUUCCGAAAGCGAGGAGGAGAUUAACUUGAAGGUAAAUGAACGAACUCUGCUUAUGAGACAGGAGUUAGAGAAGAAGCUGGAGGAGUGCCAAAGAAUGACCAAUGAGUUUGUUGAAUUGGAGAAGAGGAGAAUGGAAGAAAGGUUAUUGCAGCAGGAGGAGGAAGUUGAACUUCUGAGAAAGCGACUCGAGGAAAUAGAAAUAGAAUUGAAGCUGGCUCACUCCAGUAAAGAGGUAAAUGUAUCAAAGGAAAUGGAAUCAAAUGGUUUUAUGAGAAGGUUGUUGCGAAUAUACAAAAGCGAGGAGGAUCCGGGGAUGGUGAAAUCAAUGGAUUUGGACAUGGAUGAUCAGGAACAGCCACUUCCCCACGAAGUAAAAAUCAUCGGCUUAUCUAAGAGUGAUUACAAUGUUAUGCAAGACAUUUCAAAUCAACCUUUCACAAAUCCUUUGAAUGAGGUACAAGAUGGAACUGUUUGUACACCAUUCUUUGGAAAAGGACUAUGUCUUAGUACAGUUUUCGAAGACGAAGAAGAAGAACAUGAUCAUGAAGAUGAAGGCAGGGAAGUCGAGAAAGAAGUAAUAGAGGAGAAGAGAGUAUGCACUGUUGUUGACAGCAACAAGUCCUCUAGUGUUGCUGCAGAUUCAUUGGAAAGCUCAGAGGAAUGUGAUGAUAGAUUAAUGAGAAUUCAAAACAUAUUCACUCUCUGUGGAAACCAAAGAGAGCUUUCACGGCAUAAUGAAACACCCAAACCACCAGCAAAGAAGUGUUCUGAUGAUGAUGAUACAUUUGGUCUCAGGUUUUCUCCUGUAAUGAAGACAGGUGAUAAAGAUUGUGUUAUAAAAACUUGCAACAAGGAAAAUAUGCACCCAAACAAUGUUGUAGGAUUAGGAAACUAGAUUCCAUUUCUGGUGUGUACUACAAAAUGAAAAAAAAAAAAAAAAAAAAAGAAAGAAGAUAUUUCUGUGAGGAAUGGUGUGUAAAGAGAAACAUGUGUGUUUCCCUUUUGAAAACUGCAAAGUUAUGUGGUAUAUUUCAUCGUCAUAAACCUCCGUAUGAAUUUUUUCAAUAUAGGGACUCCCUAUUGAAGAUGACCAUACGGCAUGGUUAUUCAAAAUGACCCCUUUUGGUAAGCUUUUUUUUGUCUGUCUUUAUAAAA